GGUCGGAAGCAGGAACGCAUCACGCCAUUUAUCGCGUGAAAAGUUGGGAAAACCGAAAACGCGAUCGCGGUUGUAAAAAGUAUGUUUUGAAGGAAAUUUUCUGUGAAAGUUCUGUGUGGUUUAUUUGGAUUUUUUUAAGGGUUUGUGGUCGGUUUGAGGGUUUCCUCCUUAUGGCUUCAAAAUAAACCAUGUUACAAAACCCAUUAAACUUCACGACAACGAUACAAUGCCUGGAAAACCCCACUCUGAACUCCACUUGUGGUAUAGAUACCACACUAAUGCUAGAGUGCGAUGGAAACAGCUCCGCUGGAAACUUCCAAGACUACUUUUGUGAAUCGAACUACUUCUCGUUGGACAAUCAAUACUUGUGCACCGGUUGCAACUCCAAUUUGACCAGGGACUUGGUGGUGAACAUUUUCACUAGACACGUGCAAAGUUUCGUAGUGCGUGGACCGAUGUUCGAUUGCGAUUUGAGGAAUUCCUCGGAAAAUGGAUAUUAUUUGACGUGCGGACGUGUCGAGUUAGACGUCUGGCACAGGGGGAAGUACGACUGGAGUUUUUUGUUUGUGGUGGUGUUUAUUUUAGCGGGUGGUGUCGGGAAUAUUUUGGUCUGUUUGGCGGUGUUGCUCGAUAGACGGUUGCAAAACGUUACGAACUAUUUUCUGCUUAGUUUGGCCAUCGCCGAUCUGCUUGUCAGUCUGUUUGUCAUGCCUUUGGGUGCCAUUCCGGGAUUUUUAGGUGAAUGGCCUUUUGGUUUGAUAUGGUGUAACGUGUACGCUACCUGUGACGUUUUGGCCUGUUCGGCUUCAAUUAUGCACAUGUGCUUCAUAAGCCUCGGCAGGUACUUGGGCAUUAGAAACCCAUUGAAGACUAGACAUAGCACCACCACGAGAACCGUGGUACUGAGAAUAGGAUUGGCUUGGUUGCUUUCUAUGACCGUAUCCAGUUCUAUUACUGUUUUAGGUAUAAUUAACCACGAAAACAUCAUGCCAGACCCAAAAAAAUGCGUGAUAAACAAUCGAGCGUUCUUCGUAUUCGGUAGUCUGAUCGCCUUCUACAUUCCCAUGUUAGUGAUGAUGGUCAGCUACGCCCUGACCGUUCAACUUCUAAGGAAAAAAGCACGAUUUGCAGCUGAACAUCCAGACACCGACCAACUACGUAGAUUGGGCGGACGAUUUGCCUCGAAAGGAGAUCGAAAUUCCGGACAAAGUGGCGAACAUCUACUGUGGAGGACUGCUGGAAGUGGCGAAAGGUCAGGCAAUAUGAGAUUAACGGAGAGCCAAAUGUCGUUCGCAAAUGGCGGAAAUGGAAGUUUGGCCUCGUUGAGACGAGACCAGUGCACACAGACUCCGGAAAAUAUCGCGAAAGAAGCGAGAAAUUGUCGGUUGAGGUCUUUGAAGUUGCAGUUGAAUAGUACCACCUCGAAUCUUACGAAUUUUAGGUUACUAGCUGGCAAAGUGAAACGAAAAACCUUCGCCUCCAACUCGGUGGCGACCGAGCAAAAAGCCUCCAAGGUCCUUGGCCUGGUGUUCUUCACCUUCGUGCUCUGCUGGUCUCCAUUCUUCAUCCUCAACAUCAUCUUCGCGGUUUGUCCGGACUGCGAGGUACCUCAACACGUGGUGGUCACGUGUCUCUGGCUCGGCUACGUCAGCUCCACGAUCAACCCGAUCAUCUACACGGUGUUCAACAAGACGUUUCGGGCGGCCUUCAUCAGGUUAUUGCUCUGCAAAUGUCAGAGACUCUCAAGACCGGUUCGUUAUCGUUCGGUAACAGAAAACCGUGGGGCAUCGAACCUGUGCAACCCGACUGCUUUACCAUUGGCCAUCAGUCUCACCGGUACGCCCCUGAUCACUCCAGGGACGGAGUCCUCGUUUGUUAUACGCACCCCAUCUCUCAGUUAUAUGCGAGAAAGGAAGGACAGCUACGAGGAUCACGAUUUUUAAUUUUUAGUUAGUUAGUUGUAGUGCACAUUUAUAGAGGACGAAAUUAUUGAGGCGAGUGGUAGCGAUAUUUUUUCCUCUCUCAUCUCUACUACUACUACUGAGCGAUAUGUCUUUCAUAACUUUUAAGUAUGCAGUAUAUGUUGUUGAUGUUAUAAAUAUUAAGGAUUAGUUUGUUAGCUUUUCUUUUUUUUUAUCUUGUAAAAAUAGUUUUUAAGUCCUAAAUAUGUAGUGGAGUCCAAAGAAUUGUAGUACCUAAAUAUCGACAAUCUUUCAUUUAAAUGCCAAAGAAUUUUCUUUAAAAAAUCGAUACCUAAUCCUAUAAUAGCUUAGUCUAGCUACUAGGUUAGUACUUUUAUAGGAUAUUUCUAUGUACAUCUUUUUUUUUAUAUAACAUAUAGUACAAUAGAUG